GGCAAUGCAGUUGAGUGAGAAAACAGAGUUUUGAUGGCCUCUUAAAAAGUAUGAGGAUCCCAUCAGCUUUCUAGGCUUUCUAUAUUUAUUUCUUAACAUUCCAAAUAUCCUAAUAUUAAGGACAUUGCUUUGUAUAGCCAACCUGGCUGGCAUGAAAAUUUACCACAGGAUAAGUGUCCUCCAUUCACUAUUUAAGUGCAUAGAUGACAUGUAGCCUAUUUCCCCCCCUGCCCUUUUCUCCCUGUUCUGAGACAGGUGCAUGAUAAUGAUCCAUUCUAAAUCAAAACUAAUUCCACACAUACAGUGCCUUCUGAAAAUAUUCAGACCACUUGACUUUUUUCCAAUUUUGUUAUGUUACAGCCUUAUUCUAAAAUGGAUUACAUUUCUUUCAGCAACUUACACACAAUACCCCAUAAUGACAAAGAAAACAGGUUUUUAGAAAUGUUUGCUAAUUUAUUGUACAUAAAAAACAGAGUAGCACAGUGGUCUAAGGCACUGCAUCUCUGUGCUAGAGGCGAUACUACAGAACCUGUUUCGAUCCUGGGCUGUGUCACAACCGGCCGUGAUUGGGAGUCCCCAUAGGGCGGCGCACAAUUGGACCAGCGUCAUCUGGGUUAGGGUUUGGCUGGGGUAGGCCGUCAUUGUAAAUAAGAAUUUGUUCUUAACUAAUCCUGCCUAGUUAAAUAAAGGUUAAAUAAAAUACAUUAAAAUAAAAAUUACAUAAGUAUUCAGACCCUUUGCUAUGAGACUCGAAAUUGAGCUCCAUCGAUCAUCCUUGAGAUGUUUCUACAACUUGAUUGUCAUCCACCUGUGGUAUAUUCAAUUGAUUGGAAAUGAUUUGGAAAGGCACACAGCUGUCUUUGUAAGGUCCCACAGUUGACCGUGCAUGUCAGAGCAAAAACCAAUCCUUGAGGUCAAAGAAAUUGUCCGUUGAGCUUCGAGACAGGAUUGUGUCGAGGUACAGAUCUGGGGAUGUGUACCUAAACAUUCCUGCAGCAUUGUAGGUCCAGAAGAACACAGUGGCCUCCAUCAUUCUUAAAUGGAAGACUCUUCCUAGAGCUGGCUGCCUGGCCAAACUGAGCAAUCAGGGGCUAAGGGCCUUGGUCAGGGUGGUGAAAACAGGUGUGCCAAGCUUGUAGCGUCAUACCCAAGAAGACUCAAUGUUGUAAUCACUGUCAAAGGUACUUCAACGAAGUACUGAGUAAAGGUUCUGAAUACUUAUGUAAAUAUGAUACUUAAGUUUUUAUUUGUAAUAAAUUUGCAAAAAUGUCUAACAACCUGAUUUUCUAUGUCAUUAUUUAGUAUUGUGUGUUAAAAAAAAAAUAACAUCAAUUUUAGAAUAAGUAACGUAACAAAAUGUUGAAAAAGUCAAGGGGUCUGACUACAUUCCGAGGCACUGUGUAUAAACUAAGAAUAGUCGGAUGGGUGACAAUGUGAGCCUAUUACUUGUGAAUGAUGUACUAGCAAUUGUUAAUGAUGAUCACUUGUGAAUUAUAUAUUAUCACUUGUGAAUGAUGCCCAGCGUAUGCAGUAAGGCAGGAAAUAACACAUUCCUUUUUUUGCGACUUUUUCAUAGUUGCACACAUAUAGGCCUAUACAGUUUGUUUUGAUAAGGUUUGUAUCACAACUAAAGUGGCCAAAUAAUUUCUUAAAAUUAAGCACAUUAAUCUGCUUUACAAAUGCUGUGGAACCUAAGUGGCAUACAGAGGCGGCGUGAGAGUUUCAAGUUUGGGGAAGAUCCUUUUCACCAUAAAAAUGCCCCUUUAUAAUACAGCAUUACAUGCAUACUCGUAUUUGCUGUCACUUUUACAUACUGUGUUAUUCCUCUAGUUGAUUACAUUUUGGAACAUCUGCCCUUAUAGCCUAUUGUCGUGUGCGCAUUUGCAGUGUGCGCAUUUCUGCUCUUAUAAUGUGAAGAAAUAGCCUAAUAGUUUUUCAACAUUUUAAGCUAAACAUUCUGAUCUGUUGCAUCAGCCUCAUUGCUUUUAAACAUUUGUUUUAUAUGAGUGGUUGUAUUAAUUUGGGAUCUAUCGCAUCCCACAACUGACAUAGAGUAUGAAGAACAAGUUGACCAAUAAAAUAGGUCAACUUUUGCAUUAUGGGGGAUAGUAGAUUGACAUAGGCUAGUGCAUUUGCUGUUUGUUAGGCCUUCUCAUCUUGACGACUGCCGAAAAAUAAAUGUGAACAGUUCUUCCAACAUCUUCAAUCUGUUCCUCGGAAUUCGAUAAGACGGACACGCGCAGUCGCAUCCCAAUGCAUCUGGCUUCACUCGUGGCCUACUUCGGAGCUGAGAUGCCUGUGAGAAGGACCCAAUCAGGUGAUGGACAUUGGCUAAUAAGAAUUGAGAUAUUUGAGAGAGCCAUUUGAGUGAGAGGGAAUUAUAAUUAUUAUUUUCAGCCCAAGGGCACAUUGGCUACUUUGGCUGCAAAUGACAUCGAUUUUUUUUUUAGGGGGCGUUACGACCACACAAUGAGGAUGCCUCAGGGGAAUUCAAGACCUGGUGAGAACAUUAUCAAGUGCUUGUCAAAUUGUGAAUGAGAGACUGAUGAAGUGUGUGCAGCCUGAGAAAGAAAACAAAGCAAAGCUUAUGUCUAUCACGCAACUUUUUUCAAAUCAUCAUUAGGGUCGCAUCAUGCAGCCUUAGAAUGUAUUAAACAUCUAAUCAUAUAGCCCAUUGUUUGCAUCACAACUUAAGGUAAUAAAUAACUCUAAAAUAAGCAUAUAGGAGGACUUUUUUAAAAUAAAUCCACUCAACACUGAAUAGCCGCACGUGCGCACUCCCUCGGAAAUCAUUUGGAGAAAAUAUACUUUCUAUUUUAUUCAGCUAUGUUCAAUUUUAUUCUUCAUACUAUAAAAUAGUACACGGAUAAAAUGCUGGUAACAAAUAAUUUCAAUUUCACAGCAUUAAAAACACAGGCCACAAGAAAUGUGCAUUUUCUUGUUUGCUUACGGCCCUAUAUAGCUCGUUGAGUGCGUUCUUAGGGCCAGCAUCAGUUUGUGGUGGUAAAUAGACAGCUACGAAAAAUAUAGAUGAAACUCUCUUGGAAAUAGUCUGCAGCUUAUUACGAGCUAUUCUAACUCAGGUGUGCAAAAACUCAAGACUUCCUUAACUUUAGAGAUCACGCACCCCUCCUCUCUUCACAUCUUACCCUAGUCUGCCGCCCGGUCAUGAUGAUGCAUAGAAAAACCAGCGAGAUGUACUGUAUAUCCAUGUCCUCGUUCAGCCACGACUCUGGGAAACACAAGACAUUACAGAUUUUCAGGACCCGUUGAUAGGAUAGUCUUGAAUGGAGCACAUCCAGUUUGUUCUCCAGUGACUGCAUGUUCGCAAUAGAACAGAGGGCAAUUGCAGUCUAUUUGCUCACCAACGUGGUCUCGUCAUGAUGCCGCCUCAGCUGCCUCUAUUUUGCCGCCACUUCCUAUUUUGAGUUCCGGGGAUUAGGGCUUGGUCCGGAGUAAGCAGAACGUUCACAGUUGCCGACUCGUUGAAGUAGAAAUGUUCAUCCAAUUCGAGGUUAGUGAUCGCUAGGGCUGUGGCGGGCUUGGAAUUGGGUCAGCUGGUGAUUGUCAAGAAAAUAACUGCUGGUCUCACGGUAAUUGACCGUUAAUUAACCUGAACACGUUUAGCAUCUACUGGCUUACAUUUACAUUACAUUUAAGUCAUUUAGCAGACGCUCUUAUCCUUAGCAGACGCUCUUAUCCAGAGCGACUUACAAAUUGGUGAAUUCACCUUCUGAAUGUAUUAUCUCCUGGCUACAAGCCACUGAUGCAGACUUUUGGAACAAUUCAUACAUUUAAUAUAGACUACUGAAGAAAAUGUAGUCUUUUUCAGAAGAACAGAAUAGCAUACUCUGAGUUGUCCUUAUGUUAGGCCCUGAUCUGGCUAUGCCAAAUGGCUGUGGUCUACACUAGUUAAUUUAAUAAGUGCAUCAACUACGUUGUCCCGACAGUGACCAUACUUAACCCCACCAGAAGCCAUGGAUUACAGGAAACAUCUGCACUGAGCUGAAGGCUAGAGCUGCCACUUUCAAGGAGCGGAACACUAAUCCGGAUGCUUAUAAGAAAUCCCACUAUUACCUGAUACGAGCCAUCGAACAACGAAAGAGUCAAUACGGGACUACGAUCAAAUCCUACUAUGCUGGCUCUGAUGCUCGACGGAUAUAGCAAGGCUUGCAAAUUCUUAUGGAUUAAAAAGGGAAACCCCAGCAGCGAUCUGCCCUGCGACGCGAGCCUUCCAGACGAGCUAAAUGCCUUCUAUGCUCGCUUCGAGGCAAGCAACACUAAACCUUGCAUGAGAGCAUCAGCUGAUCAUGAUGACUGUGUGAUCUCGCUCUCUUUAGCUGAUGUGAGUACGCCCUUCUAACAGGUUAAUUUCUGCAAGGAUGCGGGGCCAGGUGAAACGCUUUCAGAGCAUGCGCUGACCAGCUGGCAAGUGUCUCCACUGACAAUUUCAACCUAUCCUUGACUUGGUCUAUAAUACCAACUUGGUUCAAGCAGACCACCAUAAUCCUUGUGCCCUAGAACGCCAAGGUAACCUGCCUAAAUGACUACUGCCCCAUAGCACUCACAUCUAUUGACAUGAAAUGCUUUGAAAGACUGGUCAUGGAUCAGAUCAACACCAUCAUCCCAGACACCCUUUACCCACUUCAAUUUGCAUACUGCCCCAACAGAUCCACAGAUGACACAAUCUCUAUUGUGCUCCACACUGCCCUCACCCAACUGGACAAGAUGAAUACCUAUGUAAGAAUGCUGUUCAUUGACUUCAGCUCUGCAUUCAACAACCCAGUCUCCUCCAAGCUCAUCACCAAGCUCAUGACCCUGGGACUGAACACCUACCUCUACAACUGGAUCCUGGACUUCUUAACGGUUCGCCUCCAGGUGGUGAGGGUAGGCAACAACACAUCCGCCACGCUGACCAUCAUCACGGUGGCCACUCAGGGGUGUGUGCUUAGUUCCCUCCUGUACUCUCUGUUCAUCUUUGACUGCUUGGCCACGCACGACUCCAACACCAUCAUUAAGUUUGCUGAUGACACUACAGUGGUAGGACUGAUCAUCGACGACGAUGAGGCAGCCUAUAGGGAGGAGGUCAGAGACUUGGCAGUGUGGUGCCAGGACAACAGCCUCUCUCUCAAUGUCAACAAGACAAAGGAGCUGAUUGUGGACUACAGGAAACGGGGGGGGGGGGGGGCGAGCAUGCCCCCAUCCAUAUCAAUGGGGCAGUAGUGGAGCGGGUGCAGAUCUUCAAGAUCCUCUGUGUUCAAGGAAUUAUCAUGGUCCACACACACCCACACAGUUGUGAAGAGGGCACGCCAGUGCCUCUUCCCCCUAAGGAGGCUGAAAAGAUUUGGCAUGGGCUCUCAGAUCCUCGAAGUUCUACAGCUGUACCAUUAAGAGCAUCUUGACUGGCUGCAUCACAGCUUGGUACGGCAUCUGCAAGGCACAACAGAGGGUGGUGAGUAUAGCCUUAUACAUCACUUUAAACCAGGCAGUGUCAGAGGAAGGCCCCAAAAAAUGUCAAAUACUACAAGGACCCAAACUGUGUUUUUUUAACCUUUAUUCAUUUAAGAACAAAUUCUUAUUUUCAAUGACGGCCUAGGAACAGUUAAUUUUAUUUUACUAGGCAAGUCAGUUAAGAACAAAUUCUUAUUUUCAAUGACAGCCUAGGAACAGUGGGUUAACUGCCUGUUCAGGGGCAGAACGACAGAUUUUUACCUUGUCAGCUCAGGGAUUUGAUCUUGCAACCUUUCGGUUACUACUCCAACGCUCUAACCAUAAGGCUACCUGCCACCCCGCGUAUCAGUGCAUUAGGUCUGAAACCAACAGGACCCUGAACAGCUUCUAACCCUUAACCUAACGACUGCUAAACCAGACAUGCUAAAUAGCUAAUCAAAUGUCUACCCGGGCUAUCUGCAUGUACACUUAUUUGUACAAACUCACUUUACCCCUACCUACGUGUAUGUGUACAUUGUGCUACAAUUACCUCAUACCCCUGCACAUCAACUCAGUACUGGUACUCCUUGUAUAUAACCAGGUUAUUUGUACCCGUUAUUGAUAUUUGUUAUUUACUGUGUAUUUAUUCCUCAUGUCACUAUUUAUAUUUUUGAUUACAUUUUGUCUUUAUUUUUAACUCUGUGUUGUUGGAAAAGGACCCGUAAUUAUGCAUUACACCUGUUGUUUACGAAGCACGUGACCAAGACCAUUUUAUUUUAUUGAACCUUCUCUGGUGUUCUCUUAGAUUUAUAUCUAAUGUUCUCAUACAGACAUCAUGACCGGGUCAAUACCUCUACAGUAACAACUGCUGGUCAUGACUGUAGUGAUGAAUGAAUGGAACUAGACUCUCCUGGAGUACAAUGUCAUCUCUGGUGUGUCAGAGAGGGGUUUGUCUUUUAUCGAGGUCACAGGAUAUAAGUCUUGAGGAGCCAGCCCUCCCAGAUCACUCCUACAGAUAUUUUUCACAUCCUUCUCUGCCCUCCCUGAGAUGUUUUUCUUUCAUUUAGCUGGCCUCCCCCAAUAAAAAUGCAAGCCAAUUUUCCAGCACAUUAACCCAAGAGAUGUUUAAUACACAAGAGUUUUGGUGCAAAGGGGACGGUAAGGCCUCACGGAAAGAUGGAUAGCCCUGCCGACUGAGAGUGGGCAGUUUUCCCACUGCCCUGGUCUUGGCCUGGGACAAAGGCCUCAUUGAGUGGGAUGCUUGACAUCAGCAUCAUAAACUAGUCAUGUCUACAAAGGCCUUGACACUUUAAAGUACCAGCUACUGCCGCCUUCUUUUCUCUCCUUAUACAGCAUUGCUAAGGCUGGUCCAGUCACUAACAGUUGUGUCCUUUUUUCAACAGACAUCCCAACAAAGAGUUAAAUGUAAUAUAUUGUCAAAAGGAAUUCCCUCUUUGAGUUCUCUUUUCCUAAAGACGUUUCCUCCUGGGGUUUGUCCAUUAGAACGACAUGCUAGAGAACCAUUUUCCUUCUCCUCCUCCAGACUCUCUCCAGACUCUCUCCACAGAAGAACAGGAGGACAUGAAGGUAAACCUACCCUGCUUUUCUGUCAGCAAGACAGGAUUCUCUGACAUAGCAAAGGGAGCCAUGUGCGUGGAGAACUGAAUGAAGGGCUGAUCUCCACAUGAAAUGUGAUCACAACGCCAGGUUCAGCCCCUCAAUGUCAGACAAUAAAAUUAAUGGAUUAAACAGAUUGAGCCAAAACUCUCUAUGGGCAGGGUUCUGAUGGAUGGAAUAAUAUUUUAUAUGGAUUGCUGAAGAACACGUUUGAAUGUAACAUAAACUGAAUAAGUGUUACUCACAUUUCUUCUUCUAAAUAAUCUAUUUUUCUGAAUUGUAAAUGACAUUAGGCCAACACACUGAUUAUUCUGUUAUAUCAAAUUGUAGCUUGCAUGUUGACUUCACAAGAAUAGCUAGCUAGCUAAUUAAGUAGCUAAUACUUUGUAUGAUGCCACGAUGUUUCAUGAAAUAUCAUGCCAAUGCUAAAUCUGCCAGCUAACAAGCUUCAGAGCAUACCCAUCUUACAGACUCAUAAUCAAUCAACAACAGCUUUAUAGGCUACAGUGCCUGAACCAACCUGAUUUUAAAAUGCUGCUGGCUAGCUAGGAGAGGACAACAUAUAGCUAGCUUUAUCAAAGCAGUCGUUUUGACUUUGAGGUAAUGCGGGUUCGAUUGAGCCCCUAGCUACAUGUGCAUCCUCCAGACAUAACAUUUGCUGUAGGACCAUCCUCAUAUUUGUCAGAAAAGCUAUGAGAUUGAAUUUACAUUGAGGGAAACAGCUGCUUCACAUUUAUAAUGCCUGGAACAAUGUAAAGAUAGUAUGUUUGGCCAGGUUUGGGCAAAAAUGGAGGUAAUUCUUUUGGGGGAGAUGUCAGUCAUCUCUGUCAGCCUCUAGAAAUAAACAGUAAAUUAACAUUG